AUGGGUAGCAGGCGUGUUGUCGUCACUGGACUCGGCAUUAUCUCCUGUCUUGGUUGUGAAGUGUCCGUAGUUUGGAGACGACUUAUCGAUGGUCACUGCGGUAUCUCCUCGUUAACUGGAAAAGAAUACGAACAGAUACCCUGUCGCAUAGCUGGGCAGAUACAUCGCUCAACAACAGAAAAAGGAGAGGACUCUGCAAUAAAUCUAGAAAAAUAUGUGUCUUUAACAGAGCAACGGAAUCUUUCUCUUCCUACAGUGUAUGCCUUGGUUGCGGCGGAAAAAGCACUGAAUGAUGCUGGUUGGAAACCUCAAUCAGAAAACGAUUCUCUGCGAACCGGUGUUGCUGUUGGCCAGGGAAUGGUUGAUUUGGAAGAAAUAGUCACAACCGGAACGUUACUCCGGGACAAAGGUUACAGAAAGGUUAACCCUUUCUUUGUCCCCAAAAUCCUCAUCAAUAUGACGGCAGGUCACAUUAGUAUGAAAUACGGUCUCAACGGACCAAACCAUGCCGUAUCCACUGCGUGCGUAUCUGGUUUACAUAGUGUGGGUGACGCCUUUAGAUUCAUUAAGAAUGACUUUGCUGAUGUCAUGGUGGCCGGUGGGGUUGAUGCAACAAUAAACCCACUGGCUAUGGCAGGUUUUGCUAAAAUCCGCGCCUUGAGUACCCGCUUCAAUACGCGACCGCAUGAAGCAUCUCGACCUUUUGACACUCUGAGAGACGGUUUUGUUAUGUCAGAAGGUUGUGGUCUGAUGGUCCUGGAAGAAUUUGAUCACGCAAUGCAAAGGGGUGCCCCUAUUUACGCUGAAGUUUUAGGUUAUGGUAUGGCUGCAGAGGCCAAUCAUAUAACUGCCCCUAGAGAAGACGGUUAUGGUUCUUAUCACUCUAUGAGGUUAGCUCUUCAAGAAGCAAAAACAGAUCCCACUUCUGUUAGUUACAUCAACGCACAUGCUACAUCAACUCCACUGGGAGAUGCUGCAGAGAUCAAAGCUAUUCGUCGGUUGUUUGGUAGUCAUAGUAAAGAGUUAUUUAUUUCCUCUACCAAGGGAGCAACUGGACAUUUGCUGGGAGCAGCUGGAAGCCUUGAAGCGAUAUUUUCCAUUCUUGCUCUUCAUACAGGCACCAUACCGCCGACCAUAAAUCUUGAAAACCCUGAUUCAGAAUUCGAAGGAUUAAAUCUUGUGCCGAAGGUUAAGACCAAAUUUUCAGAAAGCUCCGACCCCCGAAUCGCAUUAAGCAACUCACUUGGUUUUGGAGGAACUACAGCAUCUAUUUGUUUUUCUUCUGUUUCUUAA